AUGACAUUCGUCGUGAGAACGAUUUUGCUCCGCAGCUUGCUGUUCAUUGACACCGGCAGUGUGCUAGAGAGAAAGGAAGAUGUAGUUCUUGAAAACGGCGCUGUUAUAUCCGCAGCCAAUCUCCUACUGCCUCCGUCGUCCCCCAGUUUGACCGUAGGCGGCGGGGGACACACUUCCUCUGGCGCCGAAAUAAACAAAGCCGGCACAGAACAACUGGCGAAGACGCGAGGAGCGGUGUUGUCGCCGCCUGGCAAACAAGAACACGGUGAUAGAAGUGACAAGCAAAACACAGGCGCUAACACAGCUGUCGUUGUCCUGAGCAAUGACACCAUGAUUGGCGGCGGAUCAACGUCAAAUGCAAGUGUAUCGAACAAGAAAACGCGGUCCUACACUGGGAGUUCGUCGUCAACGAGCAUCUGGCAGCAAUUUGCGUUGUCCCGGGAAAACGACGGGGUUUUUCAUCAGAAUCGGACCACGCCUGACAUUCAGAAGGCGAACAAGAAUCAUGCCAAUGAUAAAGCGCGCCUGUUGCACACGUUUUCGCACAAGAAGCUGAACUCGGAUGGGUUCCUCGGGAUUAGUCA